AAAGAAUACAUCCUGCAACGAUAGGGACUCUCUCACAUCGCGAAUCUGUUUCUCACCAUGAAUUGCUGUCCGAUGAGGGUGUUUCAGCGAGUAUGUCGAUCAUCUAUACUGCAGUCGCUCAGGGACCAACAAGCACCCCGCUUGGUCGAUCCCACUCUGUGCUUUAAGGGAAUCCAAUUCCACCCAUUCCGACCUGUCCAUACUGAAUCCAUCUCAAAGUCCAAAGAUGCACAUCAAAGCCAACAGCUAUUAGACUUAUCUCUCAGCUAUUCGCGAACCCACAUGAGUGGAAACGCAAGUAUGCCAUACACGCGAUAUGACGACCGCGGCACAGCGGUGCCCUUUAGUAAGCUGACGAAGCUCGACAUCGUAAACAAGUACGGGUUGAGUGCGCGCGAUUUGCGCGCGCUCGACGUGCCAUCGGAUGGAUUCCCGCAUAUCCUGAUCAGAGAAUCGACAUUGCUGAUCCACAUGUUCAGCCUGCGGCUGCUGGUGCAAGCGGACCAAAUGCUGUUCUUUCAUCUGGAGGAGGUGACCCCUCAAGAGCCUGGUACCAUCUCGCGCGUCUUUCGUCGUGAUUUGGAGGGGAAGCUGCGCGGGGAUCCCGGAUUGGGGGUAUCUGUGGGCCUGCCGUAUGAGCUGCGCGUUCUGGAGGCCGCACUGGCCGCUGUCACGUCAACUCUGGAAGCCGAGUACGUGCUGGCGAAACGGCAGGCCACGAAGACCUUGCAAAUGGUGGACAAGGAGGAAGGCGAGAUCCACUCCAACCUUCGGACAUUAUUAGAGCUCGUACGAGAGCUCGCAACGAUCGAAAAGCGCGCAAGGCAAGUCCGAAGCGCAGUGCAAGACAUAUUGAAUACGGACGAGGAUAUGGCAGCUAUGUAUCUGAGUGAUAAACAGGCAGGGAAGCCACACAAAGUGGAUAAUCACCAGGAUGUCGAAUACCUGCUGGAAGCAUACUACAAGGCUAGCGAUGCUGUUGUCCAAGAAGCCGCGAGCUUGAUGGGAACGAUCCACCAGACGGAAGAGACCAUACAGGCUAUCCUAGACGUGCGACGGAACCAAAUAAUGGUGUUGGAGGCCAAAAUAGAGAUUCUGAUGCUGGGAAUGGCCGCGGCAACGCUCGUGGCGGGCUGGUAUGGCAUGAAUGUGAUCAACUACUUUGAGGAGAGCGGGCCGGCCUUUGCAGGGCUGGUUUCGUUCUGCCUGGUCUCCAUAGCAUUCAUCUCGCGAUAUGGACUGCGGCAACUACGCCAGAUCCAGAAGAUGCAUUUAUAGGCCUGAACGCUUUUCAGUCAGCCAUCGGCCUUUGGUCACAUUGAUUUGGCCAAGUUCAGGUGACAACUUAAGAUGGACAUUUGACAAUUCCGAUGAUUUGGGAUCUUGGUAAAACGAACAGAGAUGAUAGGCAGAAUCUAAUGAGAAUGUCUCACAAGAAGCAACAGCUUGGGUGUAGGAUGAGUGUGUACCCCAUUAUCAUUUCGCUGAGACUACAGAGCUUCACUUGGUAACUUUGACAACGUCAACCAAGUAACAAUAUCCUGAUAUUAAUAUAUAGAGAUGAAUUAAGAAGGAGAGUACUUCACCCCCUCCCUUUCCACAGCACCGUGGAAUACUGCAACAAAUUGUACAGCUCCGAAUCGUUAUAUACACUGAUCCGGAUGUCGAGGGGCACAAUACCAUAUCGAUAGCUAUCAAUCGCGGCAUUACACGAAAGUUCAAGGAUCUCUGAAACCAGAUACGCGAUAACUCGACAUAUUCCACGAAUGGACUCCUCCUCGAUUGCUGAAGGCUGACAGACAGCACGAGAGUUGAGGAAGGUUUUGAUCUUACCACACAUGUAGUCCACUUCAAAAUCAGGGAUUGGCUCCGUAGCAGAUUGUGUCAAGCAGCAGUGGCAAUAGACAUCAAGCAGUUUGCCC